AUGCCUUUCAUAUCGAAAGACUGGAGAUCUCCGGGUGAAGCAUGGGUUAAGACACAGGAAGGCUGGGAAAAGAAGAAAGUGCUUGAAAACUGCAAAAAACUUAAGCAUGAUAUUAACGAUGAGACUCAAGAGACUAUAGACACCUUAAUUCAACCCCAUUGCCACAUCACUAUAAAAUGUACAAAAGAGAUUGCAGGCUUUAACGAACUAGAUGAAGCAGUAAAACGAUUGGAUUUCAGAAGCGCAGUGCGAGACGUCCGUAGAUUUAACUACAUAUGCGCUUUGCUUGACCUUUUAAUAGGGCAACAAAUGAUGGCGCUAUCGGGAUGCGCUCAAAGAGUACUUAUAGAAAUGUUGGAAGAAGUAGCAAAUCACUCGACAUCGAGUCACCAUAACCCGAGGGGAUUCAAAAGACUAUUAAAUAAGGUUAGAGCUUUAAGUGCCGCUGAAAGAUCUGCUUGUUGGGGUGGUACCCUUGGAUCUCAACUACUAUGGCACCAGCAUACUACGAAAAUAGAACGUAUAUUAGGAAAUGCAGCUCAAAUGAAAAUAUGCGAACCAAAUGCAGACAAGACACAGUUCCUUCACUUGCCAGAAGAAUGUAUACGCGAAAUUAUAUUAAGAUUAUCCGAUCACAGAGAUCUAACGUCCAGUUCUCAGUCAUGCAAGUUAAUGGCUUCCAUUGUUGAUGAACAACGUAUAUGGCGAGAAUUGACUCAGUUUCAUUUUAGUCCCAGACAAAUUGAACUUGUCUUGCCAAAGGAUGACGAAAAAAUCGAAUGGAAAACGGUUUACCAUGCUUUAAAAAGAACUAUCGGAAUAAAUGAAGAAAGACAAUACGCCGAAAUGUUGUCAUUAUGUAGAUACUGCCGCUGUUUGUUCUGGAGAUCUUUGGGUCAUCCGUGUAUUGCAGACCAAUGUCCUGAGUUUCGGGCUCGAUUGCAAGAAGCGGGGGGAAUCAUCCCUCCUAGUCCAGUCCCUCCUUCUGCAUUCCUCAAGUUCUUCUCUCUGUAG